UCUUUCCCCAUCCCUGCGUCAUACCUUCCCUGACACUCGAGAAACCGCCAUUUUAUUCAAUACCAGCUGGACUCCGAUCCUUUUACAAUUCCUGCCUCAAACAUCACAUCGCUAUCUCACUCGCACACUCACACUCACAAAAUGUCACACCCCCUCCAACGAGCCGCCUCGCUCGCCCUCGCCUACCCAUGGACCACGACCCCCCUAAUAAUCAGCGCCCCGAUGCGCGUCAUGGCCGGCCCAGCCCUAGCCGUGGCGGUGUCCAGCGCGGGCGGGCUGGGGUUCCUAGGCCCGAACACCAAGACGGACAACAUGGCGUCGGACCUGGAGGAAGCCAGCGCCCUGCUGAGCACCCUCCGCUCAACCCCAAACAUCGCCCUACCCCCCAGCACCACCAGCACCACCCUCCCCAUCGGCAUCGGCUUCCAACUCUGGAGCGACUCCCUCCUGACGGCCCUCAAACUGAUCAAACAACACAAACCAACGGCAACAUGGCUCUUCGCGCCCGCCAACGGCCAAAAAGACCUAGACGUCUGGACGCGCGCCAUCCGAGAAACGCAGCCCGAAACGAAAAUCUGGAUCCAAAUUGGCACCGUCUCCGAGGCAGAAUCGCUCAUCGCCGCCUCAUCGGAGAAACCAGACGUCAUCGUGAUCCAAGGCUCCGAAGCAGGCGGGCACGGCCGCGCAUCCGACGGAAUGGGCCUCAUGGCCCUCCUCCCGGAGAUCGUGGACAUCGUCUCGCCAUCAGGCAUCCCUGUCGUCGCGGCCGGCGGGAUCGCCGACGGACGAGGCGCCUCCGCGGCGCUCUGUCUCGGCGCGAGCGGCGUGGUCCUGGGCACGCGGUUCCUGGCGUCGACUGAAGCCAGGAUUAACCCCGGGUAUCAGGCGGAGGUGGUCCGCGCGAGAGACGGCGCGACGAGUACCACCCGCACGUUGCUGUAUAAUCAUCUCCGCGGGACGUAUGGGUGGCCCCAGGAGUAUAGUCCCCGGGGAGUGGUGAAUCGGUCCUGGACGGAGUUUUGUGCGGGCAGGCCGUUUGACGAGUUGAAGAGUGAGCAUGAUCGGGCGCUUGGGGAGGGGGAGAAGGGCUGGGGGGUGGAGGGGAGGCUGGCGACGUAUGCGGGGGCCGCGGUAGGGUUGGUUAGGGGGGUGAAGGGGGCUGGGGAGAUUGUGGAGGAGGUUCGAGAGGAGGUGGGGAGGUUGUUGGGUUCUUCUGUUUGA